ACUGUCAACUGUCAUAUUUUCAGUAAUGGCCGAUAGUUUAUCUACUAAAUAGGAAACAAAUGAUUUAAGUUUCGAGUGAUUGUUUUAAUUACUAUUUUGCGGAAUGUUUCCGCUAACUCCACCUGUUGUGAAGCGGCUGUUGGGGUGGAAGAAGGGCCCCGAGGGUUCGACGGCUGAGGACAAAUGGUCCGAAAAGGCCGUAAAAAGUUUAGUAAAAAAGUUAAAGAAAAGCGGUGCGAUUGAAGAAUUAGAGAAGGCUCUGUCCAACCAAAAUAGCCAUACAAAGUGUGUGACGAUACCGAGGGUCAAACCGAAUGAUAAUAUAAUAAAUGGCCAGAACCGUAAGGGAUUGCCGCAUGUGGUGUACUGUCGGUUGUGGCGUUGGCCGCAGCUUCAGAGCCAGCAUGAAUUGAAGCCCGUGGAUCACUGCGAGUACGCUUACCAGCUGAAGAAAGACGAAGUCUGCAUCAAUCCAUAUCAUUACAAUAAAAUUGAUUCUCCAGCGUUACCCCCAAUCUUGGUGCCUCGUUGUCCCGAGGGGGAGAUACGGGCCCCCCCGCCUUACGAAUACCAGCAUCACGAUCACGACAGCGUGAUGCAGAGCAGCGUGGGCGUGGUGGGCGUGGGUGUGGGCGCCGGCGUGGGCGUGGGCGUCGGUGGUCACAGCGCUCUGUACCUGGAGGCGACUCUCGCUCAGCAGGUCCCCGGGAACACCACCGUGCAGCUGAGUUCGUCGUCAGUGGAGACCCCUCCCCCCGGCUACAUGAGUGAGGACGGUGACCCCAUGGACCACAACGACAAUAUGAAUCUGACCCGGCUGACGCCGUCCCCUUCCAUGGCGACGGAGGCGGCCCCCGUGUUGUACCACGAGCCGGCCUUCUGGUGCAGCAUCAGCUACUACGAGCUGAACACUCGGGUGGGGGAGACCUUCCACGCCAGCCAGCCCUCGAUCACCGUGGACGGAUUCACAGAUCCCAGUAACAGUGAACGCUUCUGCCUCGGUCUGCUCUCCAACGUGAAUAGAAACGAAGUCGUCGAACAAACAAGGAGGCACAUCGGGAAAGGCGUCCGUCUGUAUUAUAUCGGCGGCGAGGUUUUCGCUGAAUGUCUCAGCGACUCGUCCAUAUUCGUACAGAGCCCGAACUGCAAUCAGCGGUACGGCUGGCAUCCGGCCACCGUCUGCAAGAUACCACCAGGCUGUAACCUGAAGAUCUUCAACAACCAGGAGUUUGCUGCUCUCCUAUCUCAGUCCGUGUCCCAGGGGUUCGAGGCUGUGUUCCAACUAACCAGGAUGUGCACCAUCAGGAUGAGCUUCGUCAAGGGAUGGGGGGCGGAGUACCGUCGUCAAACGGUGACUUCAACGCCGUGUUGGAUCGAGCUGCAUCUGAACGGUCCCCUUCAAUGGCUGGACCGGGUCCUCACACAGAUGGGGUCGCCGCCGCUGCCCUGCUCUUCUAUGUCAUAGAUACACCAGAUCCACACAACAGAAGACAUAACAGAUGUAGACUUAAGCUCAGCUCAAAACAAAGAAAAUACCUCGUCUAUACAGCACGUGCCGUGUUACAUGGAUGUCUCAUUUUAUAAUAUUAUUUUAAGGAUUAAUUUAGAUGUAGGCGUUCCAGUGGUUUGACUGAAAGAUGCCUUAAACAGUACGUUGACAUUAAAUAUAGUGUCCCGACUGGAGUCACAGAUACAAAGUGAACUGAGACUAACGAAUUUGUGUUAUGGCAACAUAAAUAAGAAUAUCUAAUAGUAUGGUACUGUUCGUAGACUAGGAGUAAACGAUUGGUUACAGCAGAGAAAAAAAUGUACUAUAUAUAUAUAUUAUAUAUUGUCUUUUUACAAGUGGAAAUGUUAAUUUUAAUUGAAAGAUAAAGUCUAGUGCAAAAAUUUAUCAAUAUGAAAAAUUUUUGUUGAACUCACAGAAAUAUAUAUUAUUCAGAAUAGCAAUACAAAAGAUGGGGGAUAUAUAUAUAUAUAUAUAUAUACAUACACAUAUAUUUAUAGAGAGAGAGAUAAUAUGUAACAAAAGACUUGAAAACAAAAAUGCCAACCUAAACUCGAUACAGACAGUGUUUAAGUUACUCACAGUUAUUUGAAACGUUAAAAUUUUUCAGUUAAAUCAUUGGAUACGUGAUAUUUUCAUUGACAUAUUAUAAGUUUGAAGCUUGCAAUGUUAGUUAUGCCGUGUUGACUCUUAUUAUAAUGCAAUAGACACUAUUUUGGCGUGCAUGUUACUAUUUAUGUUUGCAAUAUGUACAGCAGUUCACGAUGUUGUUAUAAAAUUAACGUAUCUUCUGACUUUUAAUGUACGGUAUAUAUAUUUUGUCGUAUAUAUGUAUAUAUAUAUAUAUUUUUAUAUUCAACGUAGAGCCAUAGAUUAGAAGUCGGAAUAACAGUACUAGUCAAAAAAUAUAUAUAUUUUGAAAUACAAUGAAGCCGAUAUUUUCGAUGAUGUAAUAGAAAUACUGUUUUUUUUUUCCUGUGAAGUUCUGUACAUUCGUUAUAAUCUAUAACUCACACAAAUCAUAUAUAUUUUUUUUGUCCUAUUCAAUUGAUUUUGAAUAAAUUGUUAUUUGUAUUUGUUUUAUAAUUUGCCAUCAGAUGCAUUUAAUGUUAAUGGAAUUAUAAUCAUUAUUUGAAA